AAAGGAAAACCAGAUAAAUAACCCUUCCUUCAAUAAGUCUCUCCUGUAUAUCCCACCUCAGCUUCCUUGUGGUGCAUCUAUGCUGUAGAAUAAAUACAGCUUGACACCACUGACUACCCUGACUCAAUGCUAUAGAAUCCUAGGGGCUGGCACUUUACAAUGUCUUUAGCCUUCUAAAGAAUGCUGCUACCUCACCAAACUACAAAUCCCAGGAUUGCAUACUGUUGAGCCAGGGAGAGAGAUACAGACAGAACGGAAAGGAGAGGCAUGAUGGGGAGCUACAGAUACAAAGGAAAGAGGGGAGAGGCACAGACCCAAAGGGGUGGGAAGAGAAAGAUAGACACAAAGGAAAGAGAGGGAGGAGAGGUACAGACAGGAUGGAAAGGAAAGAUGGAGGAGACAUACAGACACAAAGGAAAGAUUGCUGCAUUGGCUUCCUGCAACUUGAACUAUGGCACCAGUGUGAUAGUGGGUCUACCACCUUCAGCAGCAGAGAUGACUUUGUCUCCAACGCUUAUUUUUACAGGACGCACUUGGAAAGGCUCUCUAUUCGGAGGCAUGAGAGGCAAAGAAGAUGUUCCUAAGCUGGUUUCAGAACUGAUGGCAAAAAAGUUCAAUCUGGAUCCAUUAAUUACACAUGUUCUGCCUUUUGAUAAAAUCAAUGAAGGAUUUGAAUUGCUACGCAAUAAGAAAUGUAUCCGUACUGUUCUGAAAAUGUAAAGACCCUGGUGGAGAAAAUACAAAAUGGUUGGAUUCCAACAGAACCAUCAACUGUGCAUCACAUUAUGGAACAUCUGUGGAGAGAAUUGCAUAGUGUUGUAUUACAAGUAGCAAUACUGCUGCCAUCUAUAAACCAAUCCUAUUUUUCCCAGCAUGAAAUAUCAAAUAGCCUUGCCUUCUGAUUCCUCUUUUCAAUGCCUGAGAAACUUGUGUUUAAUGAAGCCAUAGCAAAAUAAUAAUCAUGGGGAUAUGGGAUGUUAUUCUGCAGGUAUAUGCUUUUAUCAGAAUUGGUCUCAUUGAAUUAACUGCAGCAUAGACUUUUGAGAGCAGAGGCAUUACUAAUCACUAUCUUGAAAUCGUUGUAUAAUUCUCAGUAAUUCAUCACCAACAGACAGUGACUAAAUUCUCGUAAUUUGGACAGACUCCUUUCUGUAUGUUUACAUGAAAUGCUGGAUGUAAGAUGUAAAUUGAUAUGAUCUAAAACUUAAUAAAAGAUCAAGAACAACUUUGGUGAGGACUAUGUGAAAUAGACAGCUUGUGGAAAAAAUGUACUAGAAUUCCCAGAAUCCCCCAUCGAGCAUAGCCAACAACCAUGGCAGUCUAAAAAGUGUU